AUGGCUUCCUCUGCCACCACCAAGACCGGCCAGGCUUUUGACAAGGCUGCGCUUGAGUCAUUGAUGCGCCGUCGCCUCUUCUACACUCCUGCCUUUGAAAUCUACGGCGGCGUCUCUGGGCUGUUUGACUAUGGUCCGCCCGGCUGCGCUCUGCAGGCCAACAUCGUUGACUUGUGGAGGAAGCACUUCGUGCUGGAGGAGGACAUGCUGGAGGUCGACUGCACCAUGCUGACCCCGCACGAGGUGCUCAAGACCAGUGGACACGUCGACAAGUUCGCCGACUGGAUGUGCAAGGACCCCAAGUCCGGCGAGAUCUUCAGAGCGGACCACCUCGUCGAGGAGGUUCUCGAGUCGCGGCUGAAGGGAGACAAGGAGGCCCGUGGCCAGAAGGUGGAGGAGAAGGAAGACCCCAAGAAGAAGAAGAAGAAGGUCAAGGACAUCCAGGCCAUCAAGCUGGACGAUGCCGUUGUGCAGGAGUACGAGGAGAUUCUGGCCAAGAUUGACAACUACGACGGUGCUGAGCUGGGCCAGCUCAUCGUCAAGUACGACAUUAAGAACCCUGCCACCGGCGGUGAACUGCUCCCGCCUGUCGCGUUCAACCUGAUGUUCCAGACCUCGAUUGGCCCCAGCAGCAACAUGCCCGGCUACCUGCGCCCCGAGACUGCACAGGGCCAGUUCCUCACCUUCCAGAAGCUCCUUGAAUUCAACCAGCAGCAGAUGCCCUUCGCCUCUGCCUCGAUCGGAAAGUCGUUCCGUAACGAGAUUUCGCCCAGGGCUGGUCUCCUGCGCGUGCGUGAAUUCCUCAUGGCUGAGAUCGAGCACUUUGUGGAUCCCGAGGGCGGCAAGAAGCACCCUCGCUUCCACGAGGUCCAGGACGUCAAGCUGGAGCUGCUCAACCGCAAUGUGCAGCUUUCCGGCAAGACGACGGUUGCCAGCACGCCGAUUGGCGAGGCGGUCAAGAACGGCAUCGUGGACAACGAGACGCUGGGCUACUUCCUCGCGCGGAUACAGCUGUUCCUGCUGAGGAUCGGCGCAGACCCCAAGAAGAUCCGCUUCAGGCAGCACAUGGCCAACGAGAUGGCCCACUACGCGGCUGACUGCUGGGACGCCGAACUCCACACCAGCUCCGGUUGGAUCGAAUGCGUUGGAUGCGCCGACCGCAGCGCGUACGACUUGACGGUGCACAUGAACAGGACCGGGGCUCCUCUGCUUGUCAGGGAGAAGCGCGCCGAGCCGCUCAAGGUGGAGGAGUGGCAGGUGGAAAUCGACAAGAAGAAGUUCGGGCCCAAGUUCAAGAAGGAUGGCAAGACGGUCGAGGCUGCUGUCGACUCCCUCACGCAGGAGCUGCGCGAGAAGCUCGCGCUCGAUCUGCAGCAGAAGGGCCAGAUCACGAUCGACGUGCCGGGCGUCGGCAACGGCAAGGUUGAGCUCGGGCACGAUCUCAUCGACAUCCAGAAGCGCACGCGGGUUGAGAACACGCGCGAGUACACGCCCAACGUGAUUGAGCCGUCGUUCGGCAUCGGCAGAAUACUGUACAGCAUCAUCGAGCACAACUACUGGGUGCGGCCUGGCGACGAGGAGGGAGCGCGUGGUGUGCUGUCGUUCCCGCCGGUGGUGGCACCGACCAAGGUGCUGCUGGUGCCGCUGUCGACGCACGCCGACUUCGCGCCGCUGGUGCAGCGACUCAGCCUGAAGCUGCGCAAGAUGGGCAUCUCGAACCGGGUGGACGACUCGUCGGCCAGCAUCGGCAAGCGCUACUCGCGCAACGACGAGCUGGGCACGCCGCUGGGCAUCACGGUCGACUUCGAGUCGGUGCAGAAGGGCACGUUCACGCUGCGCGACCGCGACUCGACGAAGCAGGUGCGGGCGUCGGAGGACGAGAUCGUGGGGGCGGUCAAGAGCAUGUGCGAUGGCGAGGAGUCGUGGGCGGACGUGUCGCAGCGGCUGCCCAUGUUCGAAGGCCAGCAGCUGGAGUAG